CCUCCUCCUUCUCCCGCCUGGGCUGCUGCUGGUGCGUCCCCAAGCCCAGCAGAGGAGGGGGGAGGAGUGGGGAGAAACAGGAGGCGGGUGUGGAUUUAUUUCAACCUUAAAUUGUUGUCUUUUUUUUUUUCCACGUCUUGCUAGAAGCUGGUUGGAAGGAGCUCUCCGCCUUUGGAAUUGCUGUCUUAUCUCACUCUCUGUGCUGCCUUCCCUCCUACGGCCCCCGCCCCGACGUGCGCGUAUAGUGUAGCCUAACGCACACGCGUGUGCCUUCCUUCCCCCCCCCCCCCCCCCCGGAGUCCUCUAUAGCCGGGAGAGAGGGCGAGGAGGAGCUCCGUCUGGGAGACUCAAUGUUUCUCCCGGGCCAAGUGCUCCUUGUGCAGCUAGACACGAGCUACGGACGAGGACGGGAGGAGAGCCCCCAGCUUGCUGUUGCUGGCGUUGUUGCUGCUGCCGCUGCUGUUUGAAGAGGGUAUUCUUGUAAGAGCUGAAGAGCUGAGAUCCCAGAUGGCUAAUGCUAUGAAUGGCCGGAACCCUGGUGGCCGAGGAGGAAACCCCCGAAAAGGACGGAUAUUGGGCAUUAUUGAUGCUAUUCAGGAUGCAGUUGGACCACCUAAACAGGCUGCAGCUGAUCGAAGAACUGUUGAAAAGACUUGGAAACUCAUGGACAAAGUGGUAAGGCUAUGCCAAAAUCCCAAACUCCAAUUAAAGAACAGCCCACCAUACAUACUUGAUAUUUUGCCUGACACUUAUCAGCAUUUGCGACUCAUACUGAGCAAAUAUGAUGACAACCAGAAACUUGCACAACUCAGUGAAAAUGAAUAUUUUAAAAUCUACAUUGAUAGCCUGAUGAAAAAGUCAAAACGGGCAAUUAGACUCUUUAAAGAGGGCAAAGAGAGGAUGUAUGAGGAACAAUCACAGGACAGGCGGAAUCUCACCAAGCUGUCCCUCAUCUUUAGUCACAUGUUGGCAGAAAUCAAGGCCAUCUUUCCUAAUGGACAGUUCCAAGGGGAUAACUUUCGCAUCACAAAAGCAGAUGCUGCUGAAUUCUGGAGAAAGUUUUUUGGAGACAAGACUAUCGUGCCAUGGAAAGUAUUCAGGCAGUGUCUCCAUGAGGUUCAUCAAAUUAGCUCUGGCUUGGAAGCAAUGGCUCUAAAAUCGACGAUUGAUUUGACUUGCAAUGAUUACAUUUCAAUUUUUGAAUUUGAUAUUUUCACCAGAUUGUUUCAGCCUUGGGGUUCCAUCUUACGGAAUUGGAAUUUUCUAGCUGUGACACAUCCUGGUUACAUGGCAUUUCUAACAUAUGAUGAAGUCAAAGCACGGCUACAGAAAUACAGCACCAAACCUGGAAGCUACAUUUUCAGGUUGAGUUGCACUCGACUGGGACAGUGGGCCAUCGGAUAUGUCACAGGAGAUGGUAACAUCUUACAGACCAUACCUCACAAUAAACCUUUAUUUCAAGCCCUGAUUGAUGGUAGCAGGGAAGGAUUCUAUCUGUAUCCUGAUGGACGAAGUUAUAAUCCUGAUCUGACGGGAUUGUGUGAACCUACACCACACGAUCAUAUCAAAGUUACACAGGAACAAUAUGAAUUGUAUUGUGAAAUGGGCUCUACUUUCCAGCUCUGUAAGAUCUGUGCAGAAAAUGAUAAAGAUGUGAAGAUUGAGCCUUGUGGGCACCUGAUGUGUACUUCUUGUCUCACUGCAUGGCAGGAAUCAGAUGGUCAAGGCUGCCCUUUCUGCAGAUGUGAAAUAAAAGGAACUGAACCCAUCAUUGUGGAUCCUUUUGAUCCAAGAGAUGAGAGCUCCAGGUGCUGUAGCAUCAUCGAUACCUUCAGUAUGCCUAUGCUAGAUUUGGAUGAUGAUGAUGACCGAGAAGAAUCUUUAAUGAUGAAUCGUUUGGCUUCAGUUCGAAAGUGCAAUGAAAGGCAGAAUUCACCAGUGACAUCGCCUGGAUCUUCCCCUCUGGCCCAGAGACGGAAGCCACUUCCAGAUCCUCUUCAGAUACCCCAUCUUAGCCUUCCUCCAGUGCCUCCUCGCCUGGAUCUGAUUCAGAAAGGCGUGGCCCGUUCUCCUUGUGCCAGCCCAACUGGUUCACCAAAAUCUUCUCCAUGCAUGGCGAGGAAGCAAGAUAAACCACUGCCAGCACCUCCACCUCCCUUACGAGAUCCUCCACCACCUCCACCCGAAAGACCACCUCCCAUUCCACCUGACAACAGACUAAGUAGACAUUUCCACCAUCUGGAAAGUGUACCUUCCAGAGACCAGCCCAUGCCCCUUGAAGCCUGGUGCCCUAGGGAUGUGUUUGGAACAACAUUGCUCGGAUGUCGAAUCAUGGGGGAUGGCUCACCCAAACCUGGACUUACUGCAAGUUCGAACAUAAAUGGAAGGCACAGUAGAAUAGGCUCUGAUCAAGUACUUAUGAGAAAACAUAGACGCCAUGAUUUGCCUUUAGAAGGAGCCAAGGUCUUUUCUAAUGGUCACCUGGGAAGUGAAGAAUAUGAUGUCCCUCCCCGGCUUUCCCCUCCUCUUCCAACUACAUCCUUCCUGUCUAACCUAAAGUGUCCUAUUCCUUUAACAAAUAGCCUGGCAGAAAAAAUAAAAGAAAACGUAGAGGAAGAGGAUGAAGACUACAAGAUUCCUUCAUCCCAUCCUGUAUCCCUGAGCUCACAACCACCUCAUUGUCAUAGCAUAAAGCCUUCUGUACGGUCAUGUGAGAAUGGUCAAUGUAUAAUGAAUGGAAUACAUGGUACCUUAUCAGAGCUGAAGAAAUCCAGCUCCCCUGAAUUAGGUAUAUAUAUAAAGGGAGAUGUUUUUGAUUCAGCUAUUGUUCCAGUGCCAUUGCCACCUGCCAGACCUCCAUCCCGGGACAAUCCAAAAUUUGAUUCUUCGCUCAACAGGACGCCCUCUGAUUAUGAUCUUCUCAUCCCACCAUUAGGUGAUGAUGCUUUUGAUGUCCUUCCCCCCUCCCUUCCACCACCCCCACCUCCUGCCAGACAUAGUCUCAUCGAACAUACAAAACCUCCUGGCUCUGGGAGCCGGCCAUCCUCAGGACAUGAGCUUUUUCUUCCUCCUUCAGAUCCGUUUUUUGAUUCAGCAAAUGGCUUAGUACCUAUGCCUCCUGUUCGGAGAUUAACAAGUGAAAAUGUCAAAACGAACAGGACAUCCCAAGACUAUGAUCAGCUUCCUUCAGCUUCAGAUGGUUCACAAGCUCCUGCCAGACCCCCUAAGCCACGCCCCCGCAAGACUGCACCAGAAAUUCACCACAGAAAAACCCACGGUCCUGAGGCAGCAUUGGAAAAUGUCGAUGCAAAAAUUGCAAAACUUAUGGGAGAGGGCUAUGCCUUUGAAGAGGUGAAAAGAGCCCUGGAGAUAGCCCAGAACAAUGUUGACGUGGCCCGUAGCAUCCUAAGAGAAUUUGCCUUCCCUCCUCCUGUUUCUCCGAGGCUCAAUCUAUAGCAGCCUGGAUUCUGAAUCUCUCAGAUGUAAAUCAGCAGAUGAGGAAUUCUGGGAAUGUGGAAGUGAGAGCAAAUGCAAGAUGUAUUUCAGAAGAGAAAGUUGUUUCUCUCUUUUGCGUCCUUAGAAGAGAGCCUAGCAGGUGCAGCUUAUCAAAGGAAGACAGCUGCUGUACUGAAGAUGUAAAUGGGCUGCGUGCGGCUUACAAUAUUUUUGCUAGCCAUACUUUUAAAUCAGGGUUGAACUGACAAAAAAAAAAUAAUUUAAAGAAGUUUACUUCCCUUGAACUUUGAAUCUGUGAAAUACUUUUCCUUGUUUACAAGUUGGCAAGUUACAGUUUUGUUUUGUUUAAUUUGAUAUCUGUACUGUGUUCUUUUAUGUGACCCUUCAUAGUGUAGUUCGGUCUGCUGUAGAAUUUCCUAGUAACUUUUCUCCCAUCCACAUCAGAAUCAUCAGGUUUUAUUUCAAUUUGAUUUUUCCCUCCACGUGCCCAUUUCUGAUUCUCCAAUUUAUGAUAUGUGUUAAUGGUUUUUGAAUUUUAACUUAGUGAACAAAUGCAAAAAAAAAAAAGUAUGUGGCCUUCACUACUGAGUCUUUUCUUCUGAAACCAUCAGUUUGGGGCGGUGGGGGGUAUGAGGGGGUUGCAAUCUGAAUGUAUAAAGCAUUAUUUUAUCAAGGAACUAUCCUUUCUGAGGUAUUUGUGCAGUGGUGGAGAACUACCUUUCUUUUUACUGUAGAUAUGGGAUGUUUCAUUUGCCAAAUCCUGAUCUAGGUCAUCACAGUUCUGCAAAAACCUAAGGGAAAUCGCCAUACAACUGCUGCAGAUAUUGAUGAAAUCCAAAUGCAUAGGAUAAUGCUGUACUGAAGUUAUUAUUUAAUGAGGUCACCUGCUAUUUAUGCCUGCACUACCUUUGGGCAGACUGAGUAAUGGGACCUCCUCUUUGAAUUAUAUUAAUAAUUUUCACAUAAAAUUAUGGUCAAACCUUUUUCCCAGAGUGGAAUACAGUUCAUUUCCUGUUUGAAUGAUUAUACUUGGUUCAUAAUGGCUUCAGGAACCAGUUCAUAUUAGCUUAGAAACUUUAAAUCUUUGAUGCACUGUUAAGUGCUAAUGCUACUGUGGCAAUAUUUUUUUCCAAAGUUCCUAGUAAUUUCCUCCUUAUGCACUCAAAUUAGAAUCCAUAUUUAAUUGGAGAUUCACUCCCUCAUUGCUCCUUCUAAUUAGGUGAAAGUAUCCAAAAAUUUCUUGGUCUUAUCAUACAAAGGUGGUUCCUCAGAAGCCAUUUUGCAAAUUUUAAUCAGUUGGCUGGCAAGUAUUAAGUACCUGCUACGCAUAGCCUGCACCAUUUUAGGAACUGCACAAACUGACACUUAGCUGACCCUAGACUAAUCUUUCAUUGUUAUUUGUCUGAUCUUUUGUUUGCAAAAAUGGCCCCUAAUUGUAAAAGACCGAAUAUUUUUCAAAUAGCUCUUUUUGGACUUCAGGGCUGUUUUCAUAUUCCCUUGACUUACAGAAAGAAUGAUGGGAAAUAAGAUAAAGCUAAAUCAAUGACCUCCUUUCUUCAUUCUAAAUUGCCUGUCCCACCUAAGAAUAUUCUUUUUCUCACAUAAACUAAUCCUGCUGUUAGUUUGUGUCUUCUUUUGGCAUUCUACUUCUUCAUCAGCAUAGCAUGUUGUAAAAGAUAUCCCACUUAGGAAGCCUGACACCAGGGAUAAAUAUACCUGCAGUCUACAGCAUUUUAAAGAGUAUUUGCCAAACAUCCAAUACAAAAUGUUGAAUAAAAAGCAAGCCCAAUAGAUAUUAGCAUUACUCAAAAGUAAUUCUAAUGUUCCCAGCAUAGUUGGUGGCAGGGGGUAGAGCAAACAUAUCGUAAGCUCAAUCCUUUUCAGAGAAGUACAUAUCUAGUUUUAAUCUUUGGGUCCCAUGAUAGGAGGCAGUCGGAGACUUGAGAUUGUGCAGACACAAGUCUGGGAUCUUCAGUUCUGUCGCUUGGUUUCUGCAGAUGUCUCUCAACUAAUGGUAGGCCUGAAAGGGGAAUUUACUUUUUGCAUUCUGUGUUCAUCCUGUGAAUAGGCAUAUCAAAGCCCCAAAUGGCCAUGUUUUUAUUCUCCCUCUUCUGAAUUGCAGUAACUUAAUUUCUUCACUUUUUAUUUUGAUGGCAUACACAGCUUUCAGUUUUGUGCAUUGGUUACCUCAUAAAGGGAAUACCAUAUCAUAUGUUGGCCACAUUAAAGAAAUUUCUUAUUGUGUGUGCUAUUAAGAUACAAGUGGUUUCUUUAUUAGAAUAACAGUUCCUACUGCCCUCAUAGAAAUGAUUUAAAAAAAAUAAUGCAUUACAACCUCCAGAGGUUUCAGGUUCUCAGAACUUAAAGUGAGCCUUCACAUAUCUGUCAGAGAACAUAGUUCGACAUUUAAUAAAUUUGAACUAGAUCUUCAAAUCAGUGAGUGCUGUUUUUUAAAGUGAAAACUACUGUCGUGCACAGAAAACUUCUUGACUGAUCAAAAUGUCCACUUUUGUGUUCAACAGUUUGCAUUAGUUUUAUCAUCUCAAAAGGACUGAGAAACAGCAACAGAGAAAAGAGAUACAUCAAACAUUACCUUAAAUAUGAGAUGCUGUUUGAAAGAAUUGUUGCCCUCUUUUACAGGGGACAUCAGAUUAUUUUGAAAAUAUCUAAGAUACUAAAGACUCCCUCUACCUAAUAAAAAGUUGUGUUUCUGUUGUUCUGUAGAAAUGAUCUAGAUUUUAUGUGCCUGUAACCUAAGAAGGUAUAUCUAUAUUUUCUCUAUGUGUCAAAAAAUACCUACAGAAUUAUUUUGAUCAGUGUCCUGUAUGAUAAAAGGGUGAGUGGAUGAAAUUUAAAUUCCUGUGGGGUUUUUUGUGGGCAGACUUUCCCCAUUGGUUUUCCAGUUUACUAAUCUCCAGCUUUUGCUGUUUCUUUGUUUUUUAUGUCUGUUAUUGUACUGGUAGGAAAACAAGAUUUAGAUCCUGACCAGACUCUGUAAAAGUUAAACAGAGUAGCGUCCAGGCAUAGCUUCAGCCCAACCCCCUUCCAAAGAGAUGGCUCUUACUCUUACUUCUUUCCUAUUCCUGUCCCUUCACAUAUUGCAAGCGGUCAUUAAAGCCCUGAUCGUAACUCCCAAGGGCCCACUUUUUAUAACUGUGUCAGUAUUUCACAUUCCAAGAACACUUGGCAAAGAUUUCUUCAUAAUGUGAAUUUUUUUACGCACCAGAAGCAUUUCCUGUAGUUGUUUGGAAUUUUUUUUCUCUCAGAUUUUCAACUUGAAGCUUUACUUUGCACUUAGUAUCUGACUUGGUUAUAUUUUUAAUUUGUGUCUUAAGCUUGACAGAUUUGGAAGCAAACUACAGCAUAGUUUAAAUAGUUUCAGGUACUGUCUGUUAACCUGGAAUUUAAAGCUUCUAGGAAAAGUUUUAGAAAAAAAGACAGAAAUCGAGUGCAUAUUGAAGGGUUUUCUUCCAAAUAACUAUUUUAUCAGCAAAGAAAAAAAAUACUUUAAAAAAUUUGUCUAACAUGUGGCAAAUAUAGUUAUGUGUUCAAUUAAUUUAUAUUUUAUUCAGCGUUCUUUUCCAAUUCUGGUUAUUAUGUAACCUCAAGUACUUUAUCUGUUCUUGUAAGGUAUUUUAUAAAAUGAAUGUUACCAGAA